AUGACUACCUCCAGCUCCUACGGCCCAAUGAUCAAGUACGAAAUGGAUACCGUCGAGGGAGCCCUCCCUACCAUGCCGGACUGGGAGUUCGAUGAUUCAGAAGGUUCUUCCUGCGCCGUCUGCGGUUUUCGGCCCGCCCUCUCUGCCUCGCUAGGUAUAGGAUUGGGAUCGCAAUACUGUCCGCAGCAUAUAGUCAAUAAUACACACCAUGAUGGUGGGUUUCAUAACCACCUAUAUAACCCCAACUCCACACAGGCUUUUCUUGAACCGCGAAUACCUUAUCAAUACCAGACCAACCAAAUACUUCAACCCUCUUCUUCAACUUCUUGCAGCCAAUACGACGACUACAAGAUGCCCCCACACCCAAUAUCUCUUGUUUCAGAGUACGGACCCAACAUCACCGCUUCAAAGCCGGUCGAUGUAGAAGAGGAAUAUAUUCAACUUCCAGCGUCUUUGUGUGGACCACACCAAGUUCAAAAUAAUCCUUCGAAGGAGGCUUAUUUCCCACCAAAUAACUUCGUUUUAACAUCGUCGUCGUCUUCUAUUCCUAGCUUCCUUUCCAUAUCCUUUGACAGUCCCAUUUCAACACCAUAUCAGUCACCCACUAAACAGGAGGAGGAAUAUCCCGAAACCAGUACUACGGAAGUAUACGAGUCAAGCAUGGUAACUGAACAGCCAUCUGCUGUCGAUGACUUUAUGUCCCAGGACACCGAGAUCGAUGAAGACCCCCAAGAUCUCGAUUUGGGAGAGAUGGAGGAUAGUAGAAACCUCCAAGAGGGUAGUCAGGCCCUUCACAAGGGUACAGAAUCCGAAUUGAACAGCUUUAGGAAGCAAUUCUUGGAUGUCACACCAGUCGUCCCCAUUUACAGCGACACUGAUACUGAUAAAACUGCGCCAUACGCUGUUUUAAUUCACCGCGCCCUCAUGAGCUCUCCUGAAAAGAAGAUGGUACUUGCAGACAUAUACGACUACUUCAGAGAGAAGAUACCACGGUUCAAGAGAGUCAAGGGCCGUGGGUGGAUGAAUUCGAUUCGACACAAUCUAUCAAUGAAUGGGGCAUUUCUAAAACAGGAUCGCCCACCGGAUGAUCCAGGGAAAGGGUACAUAUGGGUUCUGUCCGACGAAGCAAUCAAAGGCGGCGUCAAAUCGACAACGCGGUACAGAAAGAGUCCUCCAGGGAGUAAAAAGAGAAUAGCAGAUGAAAUGUUUCCGAGGAGUGGUGCGGGGAGGCGCCGGCGUAAGUCGACAAGGAAAUGGACCACCCAGACAGUAAAGAAUCGCUCGGGGGAUGGACAGCCACUGUGUGAAGAGGAAACGACAGUUUCACAAACACCUGUUUUUCAUUAUGAGAAUGUAGCAUCGCCUGAUGGAGUCGAGGAUCAAAUGAUGGACUAUGGUCUAGCUAGUGAACAGCACUCAGACAUUCACAACGCCCUCAACCACGACUACUUUGAACCCAUCCCAAUCAAGGAUUACUCCAAUUGCUAUACUAGCUUCCCUCACCCUGGGAUGUCAAGCAGAUUGUAUAUUCCUGAGAGCGAGGAUGAUUUAUGUCUCGAGGGUACUUCACAUGGAUUUGAUGACCAAUUUCGUGAUCAGUAUGCGCUGGUAACUGACUCUCAUGUAACUGGUUGCCAGGGCACUAAUUAA